AUGCGUCUGGACGGCCUCGCUGUGGAGAGUCUUCAUGCAGGACAGGCACGUGCUCUUCCGCUCCUACUAGUUCAACGUUCACCCGGUGCCGCUCAGCGUAGGAUGCUCCGUUUCAGUGGGCUCCUGAGGCCCGGGUCGGACCUGGAGCACCGGAAGCGCGCUCAUGAGUGCUUCACACGCUCGCACGAGAGGCGCGGCCUUUCCGCCGUCUCAUCAGGCGCCCACUGCACCCGCGGCCCUCGUUCUCCUGGCGUCGGAGCGCAUCCCCGGCGAGGGGCGGCGCUUCGCAGUGCCCUGGACGAGCUGGGCGCUCUGGUGCUGUCGUCCGCUCAACCCCGCGGCCUCGGUCGUGCUACUGGGCGGCAGGAGUCGCACCUUAGCCCCUUGGCUGGUCUGGAGGGCGUUCCGGUUGAUGCCAGAGCUGGCGUGCACGGCCUGGCUCUUCUCCCCCGGACUCGGCCGACGUUCUGA